AUGCAAUCCGUCAUUCAACCCCAAAAAACUGCCCUCAUCACCGGCGCUGCUUCAGGCGUCGGGUAUGCCAUCGCCAAGCUCUGUAGAAGCAAGGGCAUGCAUCUGCUGCUAUUGGACAUAGACCAUGAGAAUCUCGUCAAAGCAAAAACAACAUUGACAAAGCUCAAUUCAAGUUUGAUUACCGAGGCCUUUGUUCUUGAUGUAGCUGAUGCGGCCCGAUGGAAAGAAAUCACAACGCGGAUCGCUGAUAUCGUCCAAGAUAUUGACCUGGUGGUGUUGAAUGCUGGAAAGGGAUAUAAGCCUCAGGAAACCGAGACUAUUGGACGUCUCAAGCCGUGGCUGGAUGGAAGUUAUUGGGAGAAGGUCAGAGUCUCUCUCUCUCUCUCUCUGUGUGUGUGUCUUGCCACCGAGCCCCUGGCUAACCUGAUUCUUUCUGCUCACAAGACUUUCGAUACUAAUGUUCGAGGCCCACUGAAUGGAUUGGAAGCUCUUCUUCCUUUUUUGACAGCUUCAAAGAACAAUGCUCCCAAGUCUAUUGUCAUCACCGGCUCUAAACAAGGCAUCACGAACCCUCCCGGGGCCGGCAACCCCGCAUACAAUGCAUCCAAGGCGGCGAUCAAGAACCUGACGGAGCAUCUCGCCUUCGACCUGCGCUCCGAUCCGGCUACGGAGAAUAUCUCCGCACAUAUCUUGAUCCCCGGCUGGACGUGGACUGGACUGAUGGGUAAUGUCGGACCUACCGACGAGGCGGAGGUUAAGAAGCCUGCCGGAGCUUGGUAUCCAAGCCAGGUCGCCGAGGAGCUAGUCAAGGGCCUUGAAAGGGGGGCAUUCUACAUUGUCUGCCCAGACGGAGAAACUGAUCCGGCUCUUGAUCAAGCACGGAUGAAAUGGGGUAGCGAGGAUGUUGUUGAAGGGCGACCGGCACUCUCUCGCUGGGAGGAGAACUGGAAGAGUCGGGCCGAAGAGGCCAUUCAAGCCGAUGCGAAGACCCGAAGAGCUUAA